AUGAGAGAGCCUCGGCCCCGCCAGGCGGAGCAGUCCGUGCGGCGGCACCGCACUGACACCAUCGCCGAGGGCAUCGGCUUGGACCGGCUCACAGCCAACCUCGCGCUCGGGCUCCCCGAGCACAACGGGGGGAGGCCCGGGGUGGACCUGGCCGUGCGCGCCUCUGACCAGGAGGCCCUAGAGAUGGCCCACUACCUGCUGGCGCACGAGGGUGUCUUCGUGGGCAGCUCGGCGGCCGUCAACUGUGUGGGUGCGGUGAAGGCUGGCCUGCUCGGCAGUUCUUCCUCGAGAUGUCUUUGUCUUGGUUUCUUCCUCCUUGCAGGGCCCCUUUCGAUCCGACCGAUCCGAUUCGAGAUCGACCUCGGCCAGAUCCGAUUCGAAUUAGAUCUUGCUGCGCGCCGAUGCGGCCCGACGCUUGCAGAAAGCAGUUGCACUUCCUGGCGCAGAGGAUCCGAUGCAAUUUUGACCCCGUGCUCGUGCAGCCCGAUCCGACGCGCGUUCCGAUCCGACCAGCUUUGCCGAUUCGAUGCGGACUGA